AUGGAAAGAGAUGGCAUCGGCGCCAAGGGGUCGUUUGGCAACAUCAUUGCUGUAGAAGGUCGCCACCAACUAGUAUCUACUCAGCUGCAACUUCUACCACAUUCCCCGCAGAUAUUGGUGUUACCGAGUAUCGAGGCAUACCUUGACUACGAUGAACUGCGCCAGCCCUCGAAGCCGAGAACACAUCUCACCCGAAUCCGCGAUGCCUUGACAAAACGGAAUGAGGAAGCUGCUGAGUUUAUUCGAGGUGCUUCCAGAGUAGACAAAAGACUUGUUUUCUUAGUUGGCGGUUCGGCGACGGCCCAGACGUUAUGUCUCAAAGCCCUGAUGAAAUAUGAAACUGAAGGAAACCGGCAGGAUGCAGAAGCUAUUUUAAGAACACUUUUUGAUGGUCACACGCGACGAUCGAGUAGCAAAGUUCAAGGCAUCUCUGUUAUAGCUGCCAAGCCUCGGAAGCGUAUCGAAAAGCCUGAGCCGAAAGAUCCGAUUCUCAAGGCGAUGCUCGCAGCAGAUGCCCUCGAUCGCAAGACAGCGGACCUUCAAGAAUCGACUGAUCUGGAUUUGACGUUACCAGGGCGAUCCAGAAGCCUAAGUCUUCCCAUUCUCGGAUUCUCAGAAGACGAUAACUCGGAUGGUGAAGGCGAGAUGACUCCUGUGCCAAUGCCGAAGAAGGAACCUCCACCUGUUCCGUCCAAAAAGGCGUCAGAUUCAACUUUGAAACGACCAACAUUCGCUGUCAUCAACUAUGAUUCUCCCAGCAAUGUAGCUUCUGACAAAGAUCAUGUUGACAUCGAUCCUGCCCAAGGCCCCUCCGAAAGACCUAGUAUCCAUUUAACGGUUACUACUAGUGGUGACGCGGUCUCUCCCAUGUCGGAUGCGUUUAGUAUUGCGACAUCUGACGGAAUAGAGUACGGACAGGCGUCAGUUCUCAAUUUGAAUGACACUCCCAUUGAAGAGACGGAUGGACUUGGAUCCAUGCUUGAGCCUGGCCAUCUUACAGACGGCCCCCGAACCGCGCCAACCAUUGGCUCCAAGUCUGAAUCUAAGCGGCCCAUGUCAUGCAUCCUAGUCACAGACAAUGUCGAUCCUCGUUCGAGUCGUCUUCAAUCAAUAGACCAACCGCGAACUAUUCUGGUUAAGUCAAAACAGCCAGUUGUACGGAUUAGCCCAGUGCCUAAGAGCAAGAAAAAGCCAUCAAUUAGUGAAGGAGGAGAACGACGACCUAAGCGUAGGUCGUCUGCAACACAACGAUUCCCCUGUUUUGCGGAUCUCGUCCUAUAUCUGAGUGAGGGCACGUCAGACGAUAUACUGGAAACGGCGUUGGGCAUAUGCCGUUCUAGCGUUGCACUUCCCACACACCCGUCGCCUAAUGGCUCGCCAACCUUGUCGAAGCGAGAAAGUUGCAAGACUCCAUCGCCGUCUGGUAUCCCACGACCACCGACGCCAGUGCAAACGCCUCCGCCAGCAGACGAAGGACGGCAUAAGUUCCAUCAUAUGAGCGUCCUAGAUACGCAGACACCGGUGGCCAUCCAAAACUCUAUCAGAUCAGUGCUAAGCACAUACUUCCCUCCGCAUUCGCAGGGAUAUAGACAGUGCCCAUUCCACUUCUUACCAGAUCUGGACGAGUUCUGGCAGCCGAUAUUUGGAGAUGAGGUGGAUUCUGACGCCACAGAAUCUCGCUCACUAAAACAGAUUUUGGCCAUUAGCCGGGAUCCUGAUGUGUCCAAGGAACGCUCCUCCCGACUUUUCAAGCUGUUGGAGUGUUCUGCCACAAAGGGCAGCCAAACUGGCCGGUGCACGAGAUUGGAUCUCAGAUAUCUCAUGGCCACUACAAUCCAAGCUUUCAAACCUCAGCCUCAUUCAACACACACCCUCGACGACCCUUUCAGAAACCCCGUUCUCCUCGCCAUACUGAUUCUUCCACAACUAGAGCGAUAUCUCUCCGUCCAUAGCGACAUUCGCUAUUUGCUCUUGGAACAUUCUCCGCAGCAUUUACCUACUGUGUUGGCCUUGCAAAAGCUAGCUGGUCUCGAUUUUGUCAAGGUAGCACAGGUUGUGAAUGCCAUUGACGACAACAAAAGUCCCUUUAAGCAACUGGACCUCGUUGACCCAGCCAACCUGGAUGACAACAAGUCGGUCAUGUCCAUCCACUCGUCUCUUGCAGCUUACUCGGAUGAUUCCACCUCCAACGCGAACUAUUUAAUCAACGCCACGGCGUCUGUGGACGAUGUAAGCGACUUUGCCGGUGUCAUUUGGAACUUAAACGAUACGUCUCAAAGACCAUCCAGCAAGCAGGCUAAGCAAGCGAGCAUGAGAAAGGCAGAACGAUCAGCCUCCCGCCGCGAUCUCGCUCCUCCUCGUCAAACUCGCCAUCCCAUUCGCUUCCCAAGCGGCAUAGUUGGACUUAGCACAUUCUUUGCCUCAUCCCCUGUGCCUACUAAUGGCCCGCCAUCGCCGACUCCAUCACUGCCAGAGUCAAUCCACACUGCACGACGCUCUCUCCGUGUCCGACCUAGUCAGCGCCCAUUCCAUAAACGCUCUGUCACUGACGAUGGUCUUUCUCUGUCCAACUUUGAUCUGUACGAGGAAGAGAGUGACUAUGACAUUGAAGAGGAGCGCAGGCUCAUGCCUCUUUUCAUGCAUCAAAAACCACGUACAGUUGAUACCCGCAAGGCGCUCAAGUUUCUGGGCAUUGAGUAA